AUGCUCGAAGCAGUUGCGUCACAAGAUAUUUGGAUAUGGCAUGAAUUUUUUGGUGUUCCAGGAUCCAAUAAUGAUCUCAACAUGUUAAAUCAAUCCCCAAUAUUCACUGAUAUCUUACAAGGGCAAGCUCCGAGAGUUGAGUUUACGAUAAAUGGCACACAAGACAACAAGGGGUAUUAUCUAGCAGAUGGUAUCUAUCCAGAGUGGGGUACAUUUGUUAAAACUAUCCCAUUGCCUCAAGGAGAGAAAAUAAAAUUAUUUACCCGAUGCCAAGAAGCGGUACGCAAAGAUGUUGAGCGAGCAUUCGGAAUACUUCAAUCUCGUUUUGCUAUUGUACAAGGACCACCACGUUUUUGGCAAAGAGAUGUUCUCAAAGAUAUUAUGUAUGCAUGCAUCAUAUUGCACAACAUUAUUGUCGAGGAUGAAAGAGAUGCAUAUGAGAGUUUGUUUGAUUUUAAUUAUGAUGACGGCCCCGCCAACACCCUAAUGGUUGAAGUAUUGCAUGGACCUAUUUCUUACUUCCCGACAAUGCUUCAAAGAAAUGUUGAAAUUCAUGAUAGAAACAUUCAUCGCAAUCUUCAGGCGGACUUGGUAGAGCACAUGUAA